AUGCAGUUCCAGAAUGCAGGUUCUCACAUUUGCGGAGGCACCUUGCUCGACAACACCACCGUCGUCACUGCUGCUCACUGCGCCUAUGCAAUGGAACCUAGGGAGGACCAGCAAUCUGGCGGAGUGAUUGCAGCGGUAGCAGCCAUCAUAAAGCACCCGGAGUAUAGUCGCCGAAAGAGUCCUCAGGAACGCUUCGCUAUCAAUGACAUUGCCAUCUUUAAACUUUUGACGCCCAUUGGAGAGACCGACAACAUCCGCUUCGCGACGCCAUCAAAGGAUGACGGGGACCUCGAAGCUAAUUCCACCGCGAUAGCCGCAGGCUAG